CUCUCGCUUUCUUACUCCCCUCCUUUCCCUUCUCUCUCCCUAUCACCAUACCAUUCUUAUCAGCGUUCAUAGGAUGUAGGUGAGCUGGAAGAGAUUCCGUGGGUGGACUCGAGCUGUAUUGCUCCAUCCCUCCUUGCCCUUAUAAAUACCCACCACCCCUCCUUCUCCUCUCCUCACACACACCCCAACCCCUUUCAUUCAAAUCCUACUCGCCCUUCUUUCCUCUCUAUCGCUCUCUCAACGCUUCACAGCACAGCUCGUAAGAGCGAAACACCAGUUGGUUUGUGAGAGUGAGAUUGGUGUUGAGUGCUGGUAGCAUGAAGAAUUCCACUGCUAACACUACCAUUUUAGCUUCCACCACAAUCUCCAUGCUUCCUCUGCUGCCAUCGCUUGUCCUUUGCCUUCUCUCCCUGCUCUAUAUACUGCUCGCAAGAGCGAAGAAGGCUUCCUCUGCCACCGCCGCCACCCCUCGUAAGCUGCCCCUGCCUCCCGGCUCCAUGGGCUGGCCCUACGUCGGCGAGACCUUCCAGCUCUACUCCAGCAACCCCAACACCUUCUUCGCCCUCAAACACAAGAAGUAUGGGCCGGUAUUCAAGACGCACAUAUUGGGAUGCCCCUGUGUGAUGGUGUCGAGCCCGGAGGCGGCGCGGUUCGUGCUGGCGACGCAGGCCCACCUGUUUAAGCCGACGUACCCGGCGAGCAAGGAGCGCAUGCUGGGCCCCAGGGCCAUCUUCUUCCAGCAGGGGGACUACCACGCCGGGCUGCGCCGCAUCGUCCUGAGGGCCUUCAUGCCCGACGCCAUCCGUCGGAGGGUCGCCGGCAUCGAGGCCGUCGCCGUCCAGGCCCUCCGCUCCUGGGAUGGCCGCAUGAUCAACACCUUCCAGGAGAUGAAGACGUUUGCGUUUAAUGUGGCGCUCCUAUCAAUAUUCGGAAAGGACGAGAUCUCCUACAUAGAAGAGCUCAAGGGGUGCUACUACACGCUGGAGAAGGGCUAUAACUCCAUGCCCAUCAACCUCCCAGGGACCCUCUUCCACAAGGCCAUGAAGGCCAGGAAGCAGCUGGGCCACAUAGUGGCCAAGAUCCUUUCAUCCAGGAGGCAGAAGAAGGCAGAGGCUGAUGACCUCCUCGGCUCCUUCAUGGAAGCCAAGGAAGCCUUCACGGAUGACCAGAUAAUCGACAACAUCGUCGGGGUCAUCUUCGCCGCUCGGGACACCACUGCAAGCGUGCUCACCUGGAUCGUCAAGUACCUUGGAGAGAACCCUAGCAUACUACGGGCAGUCACCGAGGAGCAAGAGGAGAUCAUGAAGAGCAAAGAAAUGGGUGAAGGGGAGAGGUCUCUGACUUGGGCUGAUACCAAGAGGAUGUCGAUGACUUCGAGGGUGAUUCAGGAGACGAUGAGGGUCGCUUCGAUCCUAUCUUUCACCUUCAGAGAAGUAGUGGAAGAUGUGGAGUAUGAAGGAUAUCUCAUUCCCAAGGGAUGGAAAGUCCUGCCACUGUUCAGAAACAUUCACCACAGCCCAGAAAACUUUACUGACCCAGAAAAGUUCGAUCCCUCCAGAUUUGAGGUUGCUCCGAAGCCCAACACCUUCAUGCCAUUUGGAAAUGGGACCCAUUCAUGCCCUGGAAAUGAGCUAGCUAAGCUGGAGAUGCUUGUCCUUCUCCAUCAUCUCACCACCAAGUACAGGUGGUCUAUGUCAGGAUCAGAGAGUGGAAUUCAGUUUGGGCCAUUCGUGCUGCCCCUGAAUGGAUUGCCCAUGAGAUUCUCUCGCAAGACAUGAACCGAAGAUUCGCAGAUACACCUGCUCCGUAGAUAGUAUCUAUUAUCGUAGUUGUCGCCAAUUAUAGACGAAAAAAAGCCACUUUGAAUGGUGAUAUUUCAUAGAUAGGAUGAACUUGCGAUCGAAAGCGAUCGCAACUCCUCGAGGAAAGAGAUCACAUAAAAAGUGACAUGGAUGCACCAUACAGUUAUCAUUCAAGAUGAAUCAGCUCAUGUCAGAGGAUGCGAAGCUCCCUCUCACAAGGAACAAAUUGUACAGGCCUUUCAAUUCAUAUAACAGGGUUGAAUAUUUGAUGAAGGCUGUCAAAAUAUUCAAGUUAAAUGACUAUAUAUAUAUAUAUAUGUAUUUCUUUUCCUUUUCUUCUCAGAUAAUUUGAAAGUGUAAUCACUAGCAGAGGUUGGUAACACCGAAAUAGGUGGUUUUUGCGUUGAAUGUCAGGUUUUGUGUUGAUUGUUUAGUGUUAACAAUCAAAAGUCAAACCAAGAAAGUAAUAACACAUUUGACUUGUUUA